AUGGCAACACCAGCAUUAAAACCAGGACAACAUAUUAUGUUUUCCUACGGUUGGGAUAUUCAAAAAGAUGUGCUUGAGAUUUAUCAUCGUCUUCAAGCGCAUAACAUUCCGGUGUGGAUGGAUAUACAAGGUGGUAUGAAAGAUUAUCUAACAGAGAGUAUGUCUCAAGCUAUUGAAAAUUCAGCUGCUGUUUGUUGUUUUAUUACAUCAAAAUAUCAAAGUUCACCGUAUUGUAAAAAAGAAUUACUCUACGCUCAAGAUUGUCAAAAGAAAUUAAUACCAUGUUUGAUGGAUUUUGAUCCUACUUGGAAACCAACUGAAUGGCUUGGCUAUGCUAUUAUUGAUAUAAUGUAUAUUGAUUUUCGUGAUUUACUAACAAAUAAAACACCAGAAAAUUUAGAUGCCAAAUGUGAUUUAUUGAUUAAGCGUAUUAAACGGACAGUUGAUCCCGGUGCGUUAGGUGACGUCCAUUAUCAACAACCACAGCAUCAACAAGAGAAAACAAUAGUAUCAACAUCGCAUAACAUCGAUGAUCAAGACGAAAAAAGUGAUUCUUCAAUUUUCACUAGAUAUUUACCACAUCCCUCACAUUUUUCAUAA